AUGGAGUUCUAUGCUGGCGCCUCUGCUUGCACCCGGAACGUGCGUAUGAAAGGCUACACAGGCGCUCGCUUUGAUCUCAAGUUUGCAAAAUAUAUGGACAUGUCCUGUGAUGCCUGCACAAACCCCUUCGACCUGGCCAGCCCCUCCGGAUUCCCGCUAGCCAUCAUAUUCUUGCUGAACUGCGAGCAGGAUUCUUUUGCGGCCUGGUAUGCAAUCAAGUGCAGCAGCUUCACGGCUAUCAAUUGCGGGACGUCCAAACGAUCCCUGGAUAAAGGCAAGCUUCAGGUUCAUGGGAAAAAAUUAGCGAAGGAGAAGAUCAUCACGGAGGAUGAGGUGGCCGGCAAUGCAACUGCUAUGGUGCCUGUUGAUACUCGUCCCAUGGUGCAGAUUGCUACUGAGCAGAAGAUAUCGGCGGAUGAGAAGAAGCCAGAAUCCCUAGAUGCCCCCAAGGUUCCGAAAGCCAAGCGCCCCAAGACCCGACGUGAGCUUCUGAUCCUUGCUGCAAAAGCGAGAAUAUACAGAAUGCUGCUGAAGAAGAACAAGAGGAAGGACCUAGAAGCUCCUCCGAAUGUCAAGCAGGAAUGGGAGAAAGGUGCUACAAGCAAGAACGAUCUCGCGGAGCUGCUGAUCCACGCAAACUUCAGUAAGGAGGCCUUCUUUGCAGAGGUGACACGCCGCGUGGUUAAGUGCAAGUUGAUGAAGAUCUCUCGUGAGUAUGAAUGGCUGAGUGAGCACGAGAUGCUGCAUGACUAUCGCUGGAAGCGUGUCAAAGGCGUCAAGCGACGCUGUGCCGAGAAGCCAGGCUUCACAAGGAAGAAUGAAUACGACGGCGUGGAGGAAUACUGGGUCUGUGUCAAGGAGAAGGGCGAGGAUGUAAGUACCGAGCAGCACGAUGAGAUUAAUGAAAGCAGGGAGAAGGUUGACAACAAAGUGGAGCUUCCCGACAACGCGUUCCGCGCCUUGGAAGACGCGAGGGGACGCACGCAGGAAGAUGAAACCUCGGGCGCAGUCAAUGAGAAGCAGACCCAAGCCCGCAAGUUCAAUGAAGCAAUCUUGGCCAAGUGCAACAAGAUCCGGGCCCUCAUCAUUGAUCUCAAGAAGAAUUAUCAAAAGGAUUCUGAGUCUGUGAAGACGUUGCAGACCCACCUUUCCAAUAUGGAGGCUGAGUAUCAGAAGGUCUCGGACGAGCUGGCUAAAGGUCAAGGUGGGGAAGAUGGCUUCAAUGCCAGGUCAGAGAAGAAGUUCUACGAGAAAGGCGGCACCCCGGGAGCGAAAGAUUGCCGAGCGGCCCCAAAGGGGAAAGCAAAGCCCGCCAAUCCUCCCAACAAGAAACGCAAAACAAACUGA